GCACAGGAAGCUCUAGUACCUCCUCUAUGCUUCCCAGGCUGCAGCUGUGCUCACACACCUAAGGCAGCUGUGUCUUAUUGCCACAUUUUGCCAUUCCUGAGGUCUCUUCUGUUUCCGUCACCCUACACCUUUUGCUUUAAUGACUCUUUACAACAUAAUUCCCUUUGUUCCUCAAUAAGGUAGCAGAGAAAUGCAUCUUUCUGUCCCCACAUCUUGCCCACCCUCUCUUUCCUCGUUUCUUGCCCUACAUCUUCCCAAGUACCUGGCAUUUUGGCUGCAGUUUGAAAUGCUGGUCCCUCGGUGUGCCAUGGUGCUGCAGUCAGUGAGUGUCAGCCACAGCCAUGUGUCUGUGCAAAUCCCACCAAAAUAAAUGGAGUUGUGAUGAGGAAGUGAUAUCUUUUAUCACUCCUGAAAAGGCUGAAAGGCUUGGUACUUCAUGGAGUAAAAUUUUAUCUAGGAUUACUUGUGAGGUGCAGGAUUAGGUGGGCCACAAAGUCCAAGUAUUUGGUAUGUUCUGCCCAGAGCUUCUGUUUAGGGUGAGCUGAAGAGGUAUUGGUGAUGCUUCUGCAGCAUGGAACUGUAUUACAAAUGCUCUGUAACCAGCAACACUAAGAAAUAUCUCUCUGUUAUUAAGUUUAAAAUUUAAAAAGUGUUAUAGCAGCAAGUGGAAAAGUGUCUACAUUUUAAUGUAAGUGAAAUAGAACUGUAAUAAUUUUAAUCCUGUUCACCACUGUGGAGGUGAAAAUGAAGUGUGGCUUUAGCUUCGGCACAAUUUGAUGUGCAAAACCACUUACACAUUGCUAAUAUGCAAACUGCUUGACUUCAAAAAUAGUUAUCUUCAGACAAGCCUUUUUAACAUUAGUAGAUAAGGGUUCAUGUCCAGGAAAGACAUUGAUUAUGAGGUGUCUUUUCUAAGGCCAAUAGGUGCAUUCAGAUCAAGACGUGUCAGAGAGCCCAGGUCUUAAAGUCUUGCUUUCCAUUUUUUUUCACAUUGUGAAUAUUUUCUUUUAUUGUUUCAGUAUUCGGCCUAGCCUGUUAAAAGACUUGUCUCAACCUUUUGGAUAACUUUACCUGAUACAACUUCCUUCCCAGACUGACCUGGACAGCCACCAUGCACAACUGCACUGCUGAAAUUCCGCACGCGGCUGCGACAUGUAACGAGACUUGGCCCACCCAGCCUCCGAGCACCGAGUUCUCCCAGGGUGUGUUGGUGCUGCUGGCUUUCCUCAUGGUGCUGCUGUGUCUGGUGACCAUCCUUGGAAACAUGCUGGUGAUCCUUGCUUUCAUGAUGGACAGAAACCUCAGGCAUCGGAGUAACUAUUUCUUUCUGAAUCUUGCUGUUUCUGACUUUGCAGUGGGUGUGCUCUGCAUGCCCCUCUAUAUCCCUUACAGCCUGACAAGAAAAUGGCACUUGGGAAGAGGCAUCUGCAAGCUUUGGCUGGUUAUGGACUAUUUCUUCUGCACAGCUUCAGUAUCUAACAUUGCUCUUAUCAGCUAUGACUGUUUCCUGCCAGUUACUAAAGCUGUAUCUAACAGAGCCCAGCAGGGAAUAACAUCCAACCCUGCCAUCAAGAUGGUGGCCAUCUGGCUCUUUGCCUUCCUCUUGUACUGCCCAGCUAUCCUAUUUUGGGAGCACAUGGCUGGACGCAGCGUGGUAGUGGUGGAUCAGUGCUACACUGAGUUCUUGAACAACUGGUACUUCCUCCUGUGUGCUUCUACCCUGGAGUUCUUUGUGCCCCUGCUCUUGGUGACCUACUUCAACGUUCACAUCUUCCACAACAUCCAGAGGCGCCAGCGGCGUGGCAGCGUGCAGGACUGCGAGCCUCCGAGGAGCAGCAGCCUGUCCUGGAGGUUUUGUGGCUUGCUGAGGCCAGGGGCAUCAUCUCCUUCAUCAGAAACAGACGACAGUGUUUCUUCUUCCAUGAGACCAAAAAAAGAGUCUUUGGGAACUGACUGCUCAUCUCCAUCCAGAGACAAUACUGUAACCCCAGAAAAUGACUUUUAUGUUUCUUUCUGUGCAAAGACCAGAUCAAAACUGCAGCGGGACAAGAGAAUAGCGAAGUCCCUUGCCAUAAUUGUCUGUGUGUUUGCCAUUUGCUGGGCCCCAUACUCUUUAUUAAUUAUUAUCCAUGGGCCCUUUCAGGGACCUUGUGUCCGUAACUUCCUGUAUGAAGCAAACUUUUGGCUUUUAUGGAUCAAUUCUUCUGUGAACCCAUUUCUUUAUGCUCUCUGUCAUGUUAAAUUUUGAAUGGCUUUUCUGAAAAUAAUGUGUCACAAAAAGUUUGCAACAUAUCAGGUUCUUUUUAGAAGGAAGAAGAAAAACAAGGUCCAAGAGGAGUUGGAUGAGGGAUGUAAGUAGCCACUGUAUGAAAUUAGAUUUAGUAUUUUCCAGGAGAUUAAACUAGUUGGAAAAUCUAAAUAAGGCUUCUGUGAAAUGUCCUCCUGCAAACAAAUGUGCAUGAACAGGGUUUGUGUACUUUUCCCAGCUAUUUGAAUUGGUCAGUUAAAGGCUAUUGCCUCUGUCUGACUUUUCCUAGUAGUCUAUCCACAUUACCUUGAUUCUGAUUGCUGAAAAUGUUGUCUUCAAUUGCAGUAUCGCUUACAUUUGUGUUCACAGGUGAUACUAGUUAAAAAUACAAUAAGGUUGUAUAUUACCCAUAGGGUCAAUAGUAUACUAAAGUUGCUAUCUUCUCUGUUCUAUUUCUUUUGAACAAUUUGCAUUCAGAACCUGAUUUUUGCCCAUAUGAAACAUCCAAUGAAGUUACGAUUUUUUUUUUGCUAGGCACAUAGCAGGAUUACUUCUUUCACUAAAGGUUUUUGGCCGUCAGAAGCAAAUAGGAACUACUUUAAAAAACUUGGAUGUAUGUGUCCUCUGCAGAAGGGCAACACUCACUGAUGCAGAAGUAGAGAAUUCAGGUGUGAAAAGCAUUUCUGUGGAUGUCCAACUAUUCUGCAAGAAAACAGCCUUCUUCAGAUGUGGUUUUUAGAGAUCAUAGAAAGGGAAGUAUUUGUUCUUACUCCUUGGGAGGGAAAAUCCAAUUCUGUUUCUGUUACAAGCCCUCAGCUGGAGGUUGUGAUAAAUGGGUAUAUUUCUUACACACUGUGUAAGGCCGUGUUUGUUUUUCUGCAUGAGACAAGAAAAUGGCUGGCCUGGAUGGCCACCUGUAGUAUGUGUGAUGAGAACUGAGAGAGUUUGGAGGUGAUCUUCAUUCAAUACACACUUUCCAUACUGUUUCCAUACAUUUACUUGCAUGGCUCUGGCAUACCAGGUAUUUACUUCCUUACUAAAUAAACAGGUGUAACUUUAAAAUGUAAAUACUUUCUUUUCAUCUCAUGGUCAGUAAAUAUAAGGCUAGGAAAUAAAUGGAAGAAUGAAAACUAAAGAAAUGUGAGAGGUAUUUGGUGUCCAUUUUAUCUUCUGGGGCCUUUUUUGGUGUAUAUUCAUAUAGUAUAUUAGUAUAUUUUACUUUAUAGUCUUCUGAAUGUUGUUCUAGGCUGAACUACCAUUUAAUCACAGUUACAUGUUUUGCUAUACUAUGUGAUAAUUUGUAUUCUUCUACUUAUACAAAUUACAUGUGUAUUCAGCAAUGUAAGAGGUAUUGUCUCUCACAUAUGAGGUAAAAACUCUAAUAUUCAAUACAAACUACUUUAAA